UAUAUAUCCUUCAAGCACCCGCGAAGCUUUGCAAUAUUAAUUCCCUGUUUCUUGCCAUCAUGGUCGACAUAGUUGUUCUCGGGGCGACAGGCUAUACUGGUCGCCUUAUAGCUCGGUACCUCGCUACGCAUCCGCAACGUUCGUCCUUCACGUUUGGUCUUGCCGCAAGGUCGCAGUCAGCACUCGAGGGCGUUUUUCGAGGACUCAAUCUCUCGACAGACGAUGUACCCGCAUUCACCGUGGACGUUACGAAACCAAGUGACGUAAGCGCUGUGGUACAACAGGCCAGGGUUGUGAUUAACACCAUUGGCCCAUACUGGCGGUGGGGAACUUCUGUUGUCCGAGCUUGUGUGCAUCAUGGGAAACAUUACGUGGACUUGACAGGGGAGCCCCACUGGGUAAAGGAUAUUAUCUUUGAACUCGAUUACGCAGCUCUCAAGUCAGGUUCAAUUGUGGUCCCUUGUUGCGGGUUAGACUCAGUACCUUCUGAUGUUCUCGCAUUCAUCGCGAACAAGACACUGAAAUCCUUCGGUGGGCCGUCUGCCACAAUCGACCUCUCCACUUCGGCGUGGGAGCUUGGUGGUGCUAGUAUCUCAGGAGGCACUUUCUCUACCAUCCUCACUGCAUUGGAAGACGUUCCAAAACAAACAAUGCUAGCGUCAGGGCGGGAUUUUGCGUUGAGCCCAGUGAAAGGACCCCGUUCUCCUCGGCCUCGUAUGCUUUAUAACUUGCCAUACUCUGAUCCACCCGUAUACGGAGCGUGGUAUUUCAUGGUACUCGCCAAUCGCCAGGUCGUACAGCGCUCGUGGGGCCUGUUUGAACUCGCAUGCCGUGCCAACCAUCACGAUGUGGCUGCUGUCGCUCAAUCAUCCUACGGUCCGAAUUUCAAGUACGAGGAAUUCGUAGUUCAGCGAAGUGCACUCUAUGCCGUGAUGUAUUCAACCAUAUUCUCUGCGAUAGCAGGAUUACUUGUCCUCUUCCUGCCUGUGAGAUGGUUCGCCCAAAGAAUAAUGCCCAGUCCUGGUGAAGGCCCCUCUGAGAAACAACUCCAGACUGGCUCUCUCGAAAUCACCAACAUUACUACGUCCAGUCCGAACUCCAAAGGAGAAAAGAUCGUUGUACGAAGUAUUUUUCGGGGUCGAGGUGACCCUGGUUACCUCCUAUCAUCCAUCAUUAUUUCAGAAUGCGCGCUAGCGCUGGCUUUGGAUGGUGCAACCUUACCUCAAAUAAGCAAAAGUGGUGGCGUCUUGACUCCUAUGACCGCUUUUGGAGACAUUCUCAUUGAGAGGUUGAGGAGAUCAGGUCGUAUCGAUGUUGAAAGUGAGUUGUUAGUCGGGACGGAGCCACGUAAGACACGUUGAACAUGGACUCUUAUCGUCAUCAUUUUGUCGUCUUACGAGUGUUCCUUCGACCGACGCUCAUCUUCAUUAUUUUCUAUCAUCUCCAAAAUCACACUUAUUUAUACCUCGUAUAACUUGCCAAGGCCCAGUGCGUCUUAUGAUCAAUCGGGUUUUGCCGUUCUACAUCCAUCUGGGAGACCCCCUAGCAUUUGAGUAAACUUGUUGCAGAGAGCAUAUUUCUACAAAGGG